GUAACAAAAGGUGGCGGUACUGAGCUUUGUAGGUUUGCGAACCACCGUUAAACAGAAAGAAGAGAAAGAAGUCAGUCAGCGGUGGUGGUGCACACUGUGGACAAGAUGGUUGCCUCUGUGUGGCGGAUCACUGGGGAAGUGAAUCGAGCUCUUGCCAAAGCUGGAUACCCUCUUCUGCUGUCUCUGAGACGAGGACAGGCCUCUGUGUCAUAUGCUCAGAGCCUGCUAGGAGCUCCAGAAACACGGCUUACUACUCUAAGCAAUGGCUUGAGGAUUGCCUCUGAAGAGACCAACCAGGCCACAUGCACGGUUGGCCUUUGGAUAGGUUGUGGGAGCAGAUAUGAGUCUGAGAAGAAUAAUGGAGCUGGAUUUUUCCUGGAGCACAUGGCGUUUAAAGGCACAAAGAAGCACCCACAGUCCGCUCUUGAACAGGCAGUGGAGUCUAUGGGAGCUCACCUGAGCGCAUACACCUCUCGGGAACAUACUGCUUACUACAUGAAGACCCUUGCCAAGGACUUGCCUAAAGCGGUGGAGCUCUUGGCAGAAGUAGUGCAGAGCUCAUCUUUGAGUGAGGCUGAUAUAGAGCAGCAGAGGAGUGUGGUGCUAAGAGAGCUGGAAGAGGUGCAAGGUAGCUUGCAGGAUGUUUGCCUGGAUUUGCUCCAUGCUACAGCUUUCCAGGGUACUCCUCUGGGCCAUAGUGUUCUUGGUCCCUCUGCCAAUGCCAGGACACUAACUCGCAAUGAUUUAGUGGAAUACAUCAGUAGCCAUUAUAAAGCUCCUCGCAUGGUCCUGGCUACAGCUGGAGGAGUAAACCAUGAUGAGCUUGUGGCUCUGGCUAAGCAGCAUUUCAGUGGCGUUUCUUUUGAAUAUGAAGGUGAUGCUGUACCUGUUCUGUCCCCGUGCCGUUUCACUGGGAGUGAGAUUCGUAUGCGUGAUGAUGCAAUGCCCCUAGCACAUGUUGCUAUUGCUGUAGAGGGAGCUGGAGCUGCAAGUCCUGAUAUUGUCCCGCUCAUGGUUGCCAAUUCCAUCAUUGGUAGCUAUGACAUCACAUUUGGGGGUGGCAAGCACUUAAGCAGCCGCCUGGCUCGUCUGGCUGCAGAGCUGAACCUGUGUCACAGUUUCCAGGCUUUCCACUCUUCAUACAGUGACACUGGCCUACUGGGUAUUUAUUUUGUUACAGACAAACAUAAAAUAGAGGACAUGAUGCAUUGGGCUCAGAAUGCCUGGAUGAAUUUGUGCACCACAGUAACUGAGAGUGAUGUGGCUCGAGCCAAGAAUGCUUUAAAGGCUAGCUUAGUGGGACAGCUCAAUGGAACUACACCUGUUUGUGAUGACAUUGGCAGACACAUACUAAAUUAUGGUCGCCGCAUCCCAUUGGCAGAGUGGGAUGCCAGAAUUGAGGCUGUGACUCCCAAGAUUGUCCGGGAUGUCUGCUCUAAAUACAUCUAUGACAAAUGCCCAGCUGUGUCUGCAGUUGGUCCAGUAGAGCAGCUGCCAGAUUAUAACAGAAUGAGAAGUGCUAUGUACUGGCUCCGAUUUUAAAUGUUCUUUGGGCUGUCAGCUUUCACUGAUAUGAUUUCUCUCUUUGGAUCCUUUGUUCUCUCAUCAUUUUUUACAUACCCUUAUCUUGUAUGAAUUUGAUGAGUAGCAUAUUUGCCCAUUUGUUAUCUUAGCCAUCUUUUCCCAAGCUCCGAUGAAGAGAGAGGAUCUAAAAUGUCACACAUGGCACAGAGCUAUUUAUGAAUUUAUGUGAUGUUUUGUUUCUGUCCAUUUUGUAUAUAGCAAUAGCUCUCAUUCCGACUUCAAAUAGAACCCUGUCACAUCAAGUUUUUAUUUGUUUUGGUUGCUUCAGGGAAAAUAAACCCAUUCAGUUUUUCUGGUAAACAGGCAGUAAACUUACUUGUGGGCUAAGAGAAUGGGAAGAUAUGUUAAAAGAAUUGUUAAAGAAUAAAGGAUGACAAAUUAAAAUGA